UAUACAACCGAGCGAGUGAAUUCUGCAGACGGAAUCUCUUCUCUCGGCUUCGUCUGUUGUUGGCAGUCGAUUGUGACAGAACCGACAGAGCAAAAAACCGCUGGCAAAGACAGCUUUAUUGUUGAGCCGUUAGACAGCCUGAGGGUCGUAACAAUUCUGCUGCUGUUGCUGCAGUUGCUGCUGCUGAUGAUGAUGAUUGUCUGGUUGGAGGAGGAGCCAGGCUACAUGUCAGUGCGCCGGUGCCUGCAUGCCUACUCGUGCUUGUGUGUGUGUGUGUGUGUGGGUGUGAUACAGAAAUCGGUUAGCCUCUAUGCCUUGACCGUGUUCACGGGUGGAAAGGAAGGAAGCCAGAACGAGCCGCGUGAACAACUUGUUAAUUGCUCGUUUCGCGAGUCCAUUGCCCAGUCAAGUGGAAACUGGCGUCUGUAUUGGCUUGCCAGAGUUGGCGUGUGCUGCCGGUAG